CAACGCUGGAGCGGGGUAUUAGUUUGGACGCGUCCUAAUGAGUGUGUUAAUCAGCGUAACAUCCUUCUCUGCUCACCUUUUGGGGAAUAACAUGCGUGGAAGUCCUUGCUAUUGUUGAUCACCUGUACCCCAGCACAAGAGCUCCAGCUUAAUCAUUCUCUGCUCUCAGAACAUGGAGGAAAAUGAUGAUGAAAAAUACAAUCAAGCUGGCCAGAUAUUUGAAAACUUUGUGCAGGCAUCAACAUGCAAAGGCACCAUUCAGGCCUUCAAUAUUCUCACUCGCCAACUUCAAUUAGAUCCUUUGGACAACAGAAACUUUUACACCAAACUAAAGUCGAGAGUGACCACGUGGAAGGCCAAAGCUUUGUGGAACAAGCUUGAUAAGAGAGCAAGUCACAAAGAGUAUAAACGUGGGAAGUCUUGUAUGAACACUAAGUGUUUAAUUAUCGGAGGUGGCCCCUGUGGCCUGCGGACUGCCAUAGAGCUUGCCUUCCUGGGAGCCAAGGUUGUCGUGGUGGAGAAGCGGGACACUUUCUCCAGGAACAACGUGCUGCACCUCUGGCCCUUUACCAUCCACGACCUUCGGGGACUGGGAGCAAAGAAAUUUUAUGGCAAGUUCUGCGCAGGAUCUAUUGAUCACAUCAGUAUUCGACAGCUUCAGCUCAUCCUCUUCAAAGUUGCACUUAUCCUUGGAGUGGAAAUUCACGUGAACCUGGAAUUCGUGAAAGUCCUGGAGCCUCCUGAAGAUCAAGAAAACCAAAAGAUGGGUUGGAGAGCUGAGUUUCUCCCCAUGGAUCACCCUUUGUCAGAGUAUGAAUUUGAUGUUAUCAUUGGUGCAGACGGCCGCAGGAACACCUUGGAAGGCUUCAGGAGGAAGGAAUUUCGUGGAAAGCUGGCUAUAGCAAUCACUGCCAAUUUUAUAAACAGAAAUACAACUGCAGAAGCCAAGGUAGAAGAAAUCAGUGGGGUUGCUUUCAUCUUCAAUCAGAAGUUCUUCCAGGACCUGAAAGAGGAAACGGGGAUUGACCUGGAGAAUAUUGUUUACUAUAAAGACAGCACGCAUUAUUUUGUGAUGACAGCAAAAAAGCAGAGUCUUCUGGACAAAGGAGUGAUUAUUAACGACUCUGUUGACACCGAGCUGCUCCUCUGUGGGGAAAAUGUGAACCAGAGCAAUUUGCUGUCCUACGCCAGAGAAGCUGCUGACUUUGCAACCAACUACCAGCUGCCUUCCUUGGAUUUUGCAAUUAAUCAUUAUGGCCAGCCAGAUGUAGCAAUGUUUGAUUUUACCUCCAUGUAUGCAUCUGAAAAUGCUGCGCUGGUGAGAGAGAGGCACAGACAUCAGCUCCUGGUGGCUCUUGUUGGAGAUAGUUUGCUUGAGCCCUUCUGGCCGAUGGGCACUGGCUGUGCAAGAGGCUUCCUGGCUGCCUUUGACACGGCGUGGAUGGUGCGGGGCUGGGCGCAGGGGAAGCCCCCGCUGGAGAUCCUGGCUGAACGAGAGAGCAUUUAUCGACUCUUGCCUCAGACGACCCCUGAAAACAUUAAUAAGAACUUUGACCAGUACACCAUUGACCCGGGAACAAGAUACCCAAACUUGAACUCGAGCUGUGUUCGACCUCACCAGGUGAGACAAUUAUAUGUUACCAAUGAGCUACAGCAGUGUCCUCUUGAGAGAGUGAGCUCCAUUAGAAGAUCAGUGAACCUCACAAGACAGGAGUCAGAUAUUCGACCUAACAAGCUUCUGACGUGGUGCCAGAAGCAGACGGAGGGAUACCGAAACGUCAACGUCACUGACCUGACCAGCUCCUGGAAAAGUGGCCUUGCCCUGUGUGCCAUCAUCCAUCGCUUCAGGCCUGACCUCAUUGACUUCGAGGCGCUGAACGAAGAGGACGCGGUGAGGAACAACCAGCUGGCCUUCGACGUGGCUGAGCGGGAGUUCGGCAUCCCGCCGGUGACCACGGGCCAGGAGCUGGGCUCGGCCGGGGAGCCCGACAAGCUCAGCAUGGUGCUCUACCUGUCCAAGUUCUACGAGCUGUUCCGCGGCACGCCGCUGCGCGCAGUCGAUGCUGCUGAGAAGCAAAAUGGAGAAAAUAAUGAUCCUGGUUCACUAAAAUCAUCAAAUUUCAUCUUUAAUAAUUAUAUCAAUUUAACUUUACCAAGAAAACGAGUACCAAAGGCUGAAGGGAAAACAGAAGAGAAUGAGACGAACAAGAGGCGUCGGAAAGGCCUCUUUGGUGUCUUUGAGCAGACUUCAGGCGUUCCAAGCCAGGGGACAAACAGUGGGAAAGAACAGAGUGAAUGCAGAGAAGGAGUGAACCAGAACAAAGUCAAAUCUAUGGCUACUCAGCUGCUGGCAAAGUUUGAAGAGAAUGCUUCAAAUACAGUUCUGAGGAGACAGGAGCUAACAGAUAGACCAGCCCUGCUCUCCUCUGACCCUCCUGUUAAUCCUCGCUUUGCUAAACCUAUGGAUCCAAGCCUUCUUCCACCUCAACCAAAAAGGCAGUUUCAGGUGGUAGCUAGGAGUGAACACGAGGUCAGGGAACCCAAACAGUCUUUAAAUGGUUCUGAUCAUAUGGCCAGGAGAGCAAAGACUGUGCACAAAACAGAUCCCCAGCCCAGUCUGUCAGAAACCUCUGAAAAUCUCGCCUCUGCCUGUUCUGCUGCAUUUGUACUUUCUGGAGUGCUUGAGCGUCUUCAGCACCUGGAGGAAAAAAUGAAACAGAAAAGAGCUCAGACCAUAGCAAAUAGGGAAUUCCAUAAAAAGAACAUUAAAGAGAAAGCAGCACAUCUCGCCUCAAUGUUUGGAUACAUGGAGUUUCCAAAGAAUAAGCUACCUACUAAAGGCUUACCCCAUUCUCAGCCCCCAACUCCCUCUUGCCCUCCACCUCAUCAUUCAGCUGUUGCUGCUUCAUCAUCUGUUGGUUCAGCUUCCUCUGCUGUUUCUUCUCAACAGGGUUCUCUGCGAAAAGAAUUCCCCAAGUCCAUCGGGGGCAGUGACAUCUGCUAUUUCUGCAAGAAACGGGUCUAUGUCAUGGAGAGGCUGAGUGCAGAGGGCCACUUCUUUCACAGGGAGUGCUUCAAGUGUGAAAUCUGUUCUACAACACUCCGCUUAGGAAUUUAUGCCUUUGAUGUUGAAGAAGGUAAAUUUUACUGUAAACCUCAUUUUACGCACUGCAAAAUGAGUACGAAACAUAGAAAGAGAAGGGCAACAAUACAGAUCCAUGGAAAGGAGGCGAUAGACGCGUGGAAGAAAGCGGAAGCCAAACCCACAGAGAUCACCACAGAAAGCAGUUUGUCCACUGCUAGCAGUCCAGAGGACAGGUCCCCAGGUAUCCUGACUUCCUUCUUAGGGGGCACGCUAAGCUGGCCCCUGCGGGUGACCAGGGAUCUGCUUGACAUUCCCAGCCGCCUGUCUAACUGGAUGCAUGGUGUCCUGCACGCUACCCACCUCCAUUUCAGGGACAAUGCAUAUAACUAUACCUACCUGUACGAACUCCUGAGCCUUGGGGUGCCACUCCUCUGCGCUCUCCUAGAGGUACUCACUCACAUGUACCGGGAAGCAGAGCUAUCACUUGAAAACAUGCUUGAAUGGGUGAAAAGAUUCUGUAGGGUUUGAAUCUUUCCGCGUGUCUUGCUCAGUUGUGCCUUUCAAAUUUUCAAAAUUAACAGCCUGGCUAUUUUCUCGAGGGGAGUUUUUGGUUUGGAGGGCUUUGGUUUUGCUCUUCGUGCAAUGUGACGCGUGACUUCAUUGAAUGGUGGAUUUCUGCUGAUAGAAGCGAGGUACAAUUGAAAUUUUCAACACAAAAUGUACUGUAUGUUAGAGCAUGAAGGACAGUGUCCAAACACAUUUCCAGAACAUGGAGUCAUAUGAAGGAUAUUUUCUAGAUUAUUUUCAUCCCUGUUAUUUUCUGUGAUUAGACUGCUGGAGAAGAUGGUACAUUUUGAAACCAUUUUUCCUCCUAUUCUCCCCAGCUUAUUUUUUUCUUUUUUUCAGUUAGACCAUGAAAAAAUGUGUGUUCUUUCAGGAAUAUUUCUGACAAAUGGCUGGGAUUUGAAACCUGAGUAAAGCACGUAGCUUUUUUUUCUUCUUGCUUUCAUCUUUGCUCUAGGCUAUGAGAUUUUUACUUGCGUUAAUAUGUUUCAAAAAAAUAGUGUACAUAAUUCACAUUGCUCCAAGUCAAAUGCCUUUUACAUUGCUUUAUAUGUGAUGGAUACCUUUUGUUGAUAGUGGCUACUAUCUGUUCUACUAAUUUAUUUGAAGUUUUUCAAUAAAUUUGAAGAGCAAAUGAUAGUUGAGUGAAGACUUGAUUGAAAUUUUAAGUCAAAGAAGCUGGUAGAAAGAAGUAGACUAAACAUUCCUCAAGUCAAGGCUUCCUCAUUUGGUGGCUGAUAUGAGGCAUAUCAAUUUAUGGAGCACUCCUCUGUAAGUGAAGUCACUCCUGUUGUGCCUCUGUGCAGGCACUGCUCCCAGUCUCUUUUGGAAUUUUUUAAAAAUUUUUAAAAACCUUUUUUUAAAAAAAGGUUUAGAACAAAUAUCAAAAGCCAAAAAAUGUAUUCUUAGGUGAUAACUUCUUACUUGGGUAAUUCAUUUCAACAUGUGCACCUAGUGGCAGAAAGGUGAAAUUCUAUUAUCUGGAGCAGCAGAUGAGUAAAUUUCUUUCAGAUGUCCCUCAACCUUAAUCAGAAGGUCUGCCUUAAUCUGUUAAGCAGCAAGGACACAGAGACAUCCCAAUGCUCAUUACUUUCAGCCUAGUUAGCCAGCGAGGUAAGCAUGCUCCCUGCCUUUCAAGUACUUCUUUAUAUUCAGAAGUUUACCAGGAAAUAGGUAAAUCUAAUAUGUGUAGCCUAAAAUGAAAAGCAUCUGUAGCAUUUAUUUGUAGCCAGAAGAAUGUGGCAUAAACAAUAGGAAAUACUGUUGCAUUCAGUUAGUACCAAAACUGAGGAUCACCUGCCAGUGGUCCCAAAUGACAGUGCUGCCUAUGGGCUGGCAGGCCUUGGGGUUUGUUGUUUUGUUUUGGUUUUAUUUGCUAUAAUGUGGGAAAAGAUGAUUUGAAUUGUUUUGCCUCUUAGGUAUGAAAAGGAAAUGUGUCUGCUGUUUAAAAUAAAUGACAAACUGGAUCUUCCUUCUAGAUAGUUUGACUUUCUUUAAACUAUGAGGAUGAGCUUUUCACAUUUUUAGAGUGGUUAUGUAAUUUGGGGUAAAAAAUGUUAUUUUUAUGCACAGAACUUGAAAAAGUGCUUGAAGAAAAUUAUUAGAUAAAAGGUGGCAUUCCUUUGACAAAAAUUGCCUUUAAUGCUCAAACAUGUAUUCAGCCAAACUUUGCUAUGACAUUGAGUGGACGCAGCAAUAAUUACAGUUACAUGGUGGCCAUCUGUAUAUAUGUAAUGUAUCUGUACCUUUCUUACAGCAUUUAAAAAACCUGACCUGGAAACACUGUACUAUCUUUAAUUAUUUUCUAAUAAUAGAAACUGUUUCACCCUAAAAAGGAGGCAGUGUAGUUACUCCUGCAUCACAGCAAACUGCUGGGCAGUCGAGUUUCCUAAUUUGGGCUGCCAUCAAUUUUGGUUUCAGUUUGUCAAUAGGAGAGUCUUUAGGAACACUUCUUCCUAAAGUUUUCUCCUGCUGUUUACCAUGGCAGAGAGAGCAUAAUGGCAAAUGUAGGGAAAAUGGUGAUGUACAAAAGUCUUUGUAGAAGAUGUAGAAGAUUUCCAAGAAACUUGGAAAUUUCUGGCCAAUGAACUUAAACCAAAUGAAUCUUACUAGUAGAAAGUGUAAAAACAAGAUUAAAAAAAUUAAAAUAUGGUAUUGAUUUUAUAUAGAUUUGUAUAAUGGGGCAUAAAUCCCUACAUUUCCACAACAGAGUUCAGGAACUUGUGUAAUGAAAAUGUUUUCCUGAGGAAUCUUAAUUGCCAUGCAUAUUCCACUGGAUUUUGCAGAUUAUUCUGUUGGGAGGGUUAUUUUAUUGGUAUUACUCCAAUUGCUCAAUUUUUUGACUUCAUCAUCUUACUGUUCUGCUAGUAAUACUCAUACCUGCUUGUCCUCAUUGAUAAUUAAAUGAAAAAAGGCAGUUUCAUUUUGGCCAGUUAUUCUUUGUACCGAUGUAAUCUUCCUGAUGCUUUCCUACAUAACCAAGUGAAGUUCUGUGUUUUCUUCCCUGCUGUCUUCUCUGCCAAUCUCCCUCAUUGCUUUUAGUCCAAUUCAACAUUCCGGUGCUGCACCCGCUCACUGGCUGAAGCCUUUCUGCUCUCAGGUGAUUUUUUUUCCAGUUCCAAAAUUACAUGACUAACCCUGUUGUUUGAAAGCAUUUCAUUGUGUGUUCUUUUUUUUUUUUUUUUUUUUAACUGUUGAAGCAAUCUGUGUGUCUGGUAUAUUAAUAGAGCUUUGGCAUGAUUAUUUAACCUGUUGCUGAGUUCACAGUUCUAGAAAAAGUAAUGUUUUUCUCUCUGUGUCUGUGCAUGUGCGCUUCCCUGUGCCUUUAAGGUAAGUUAGGCAGUAGAGGGUUUCUUGAAAGAACUUGUUAAAGCCUUAUUUCUUUCAAAGAACUGAAGGAAAGAUCUGUAAUAAGGUCAGGGUGUGAUUGCCCAGCUGAUUCUCCGGGUUAAGAUGAGCGCCUAUUUGCACUGAGCUCACACACCCAAUGAGCAAGCAGUGUCUGAGCACUUCCCUGCUUUCCUACUGGAAAAGUGUGGUGUAAAAGGUUCUGUAGGCAAAGUAGCCUAAACUAGGCAAGUUCUAGUCUUCCACCCCAAGUGACAUUGUAGACAGGCCUAAAAUUGACUGUUAUUUUACAUAUUAACGUAUGUCAUAAAGGUAAUAAGUUAAAAGUGCAUGUAGUUCUCAGGCUGAACUACCAACAUGCCAGAGUGCUUUGCUUGGGUGGUUUUAUUGCCUGGGCCUUGCCUGGCACUCUGAUGAUUGGGUUUCUCUUGCUGCUCCCCUCUCCAUGACCAACUCCCACCAUUGUUUUGUAUGAAUUUUUUACAUAAGGUUCAGUUUGUAUAAUCACUAGGUGACAGUCUAGAAGGGGAAAUGAAUCCCAGCAAGACCCAAGGGCUCAGGGUGGCCAGCAAGUACACUGAGGGUCUGGCUGAUGUCAUAACCCAGCUGUCCCUGCCAAGGACCCCUCUCAAAGGGAAGGAAGGGCCUUUGGGAAUUGAUCUUAGGAGCAGUUUUAGGAGGGGCCAAACAUCCUCUGCCAUCUCCUCCAUUUCACACACCUCAGCCAGGAAUGUGGAAGGCAGCAAGGCCAGAGCUCUUAUCUUGCUGGUCUGUACAUUUGCACGACUCAGCCACUUGUAUUUAUUUGUGUGGGUAUCCUAAAAUGACUUGAUGGCUCUGAAAGGGCCAUGCUGUGCCCACACAGAAUCUCUCAGUGUUUCAAACGUCAUUUCCUGCACAAAUGGCUGGGAUGUGACUCCCAGUGUAUUUCAGGGCUGCAGUGUGUUGUUACAAAGCUCAGCAUGCUUUAAUAUGAAGGUCAUGACAUAAAGGUCUGCCAUUUCAAACCCUUCCUAUUGCUGUGUUUUUUACUCUCUGUUGCAGAGUCUUCCUUGCUCUUCCUGCUCAGUGAGGAUUCUGUCCUUCUCCUCCUAAAUCUUCUGUCUUCAUUUUACUUUAUAAUCUUAACUGAAUAUUUUUAUUAAAUAGUUUUUAACUCUGUAUUUAAAUUUUCACAUGGAAAUUCUGUAUUUUGCACAUGGUGAAAAUUGUUUUAGCUUUAUUUAUGAUAUCUGCUGUAAACAAAAAUAAAUGUAGUUCUUUAUAAGUC